AUGAGAGCCAAAACAGCGCUGAAGUUUUGGCCAUCUCUGGGGAAGAAGAAGCUGAAGCAAAAUUCUCAGAAAUGGCUUAUUUCCGGGGCUUUCAUUGGCUUGAUAUCCGUGGCAAGAUUGCAAAGUCAAAUGUUGUCAAAGAGAACAACAUAUGUCGUGUAUUUGGUGUUCAACUUAGCGCCAGAUGCAUUUCACGGUCUUGAAAUUGGUAAAUCAGUUGUUAGAUUUGUCAAUUGUGAGAGUGAUAAUGAGGCUGAGGAACGACGAAAAGUCAGGAGAAUUGGUUUAGUUAAAGCUCAGAGAAGAGUUGAUGAAUGGAUGGAAAUAGAAAUGGGGAAGUUUUUCAAUGAUACCGGGGAGGAUGGAGAUGUUGAAGUGCGAUUAAUGGAGAUCAGGCGUCGUUAUGGUAGAGGUGGCCUCUUAGUUCAAGGAAUAGAGUUUCGACCAGAAUGA